GUUGACCGAGCGCUUCCCACAAUGCACUCCCAUAUCAGCGGGAAAUAAAAAUGGCGAAUGUAUUAGGGGAGAAUGACCCGUUUGUUAUUUUCUAAACAAAAUUUAUAUUGUGUCAUAUUUUGAGAGGAGCAUUUCAAAGAGAUUUACCGAUAUUUGGACAAGACGCCAAUCACCGGUUACGACCGAGUAUUUCAAUAUAUAUGGCAUUUUGACCCUCCCAACUGACCGAAUGAGAGACUCAACGGCAUUAGAGCGCUUGCCGGUCCACCAGCAGAAAGCACCUUCCCUUCGGCAGCAGUGCAAGACGCCAGUGUCCCUGACCAGCGUCCACUCUACCGAGGAUAGACAUGGAGGGGACACGGACACCAAGCUCGGCAACAGGUUUGACGAGGGACAAGAGGUCCUAGCCCGAUGGUCGGAUGGGCUGUUUUAUUUGGGGACUAUCACAAAGAUAAAUAAGGACAAGCACCGCUGUUUUGUUGUCUUUGAAGAUCGGUCCAAGUCCUGGGUUCUGUGGAAGGACAUUCAGACAGGGGACGAGGGAGGAGAGGACAUGGUCUGCACAAUAUGCCAGGAUGAGUGCUCAGAGGAUCCCAACGAGAUUGUCAUCUGCGACAAGUGUGGACAAGGAUACCACCAGCUCUGCCACUCACCCAUCAUCGACUCCAGCCUGAUCGACACCGAUGAGAAGUGGCUCUGUAGGGAGUGUGUGUUAGCCACAACAGAGAAGGGUCCCAAAGCCCUGCAGGAGCUGAAGCAGUCUCUACCUUAUUCCCUAGAGGACCUGGCGUGGGACCAGGGCCACAAGACCAACAUCCAGCAAUGUUACUGCUACUGUGGAGGGCCUGGAGACUGGUACCUGAAGAUGCUGCAGUGCAACAGGUGUAAGCAGUGGUUCCACGAGGCAUGUAUCCAGUGUUUUAAGACGCCCAUGCUCUAUGGAGACAGGUUCUAUCUAUUUAUUUGCUCAGUUUGCAGUAGUGAACCAGAGUACCUCAAACGACUGCCUCUUAGAUGGGUGGACGUUGCACACCUGAGCCUUUACAACAUGAGUGUGAUUCACAAGAAGAAGUACUUUGAUUCUGAGCUGGAGCUGAUGACUUACAUCAACGACAACUGGGAGCAAAUGCAGCUCGGGGAGCUUUCAGCCACUCCUCAGUCGGACCGAUAUGAAAGUAUUUUGGAAGCACUGAAUAGCAAUCACAGCAUGUUCAUGUCAGGGAAGGAGAUCAAGAAGAAGAAGCACCUCUUUGGGCUGAGGAUCCGUUUUCCUCCGGGUCCCCAGAGCUCUGACCUGCUGGCCAACAGAGGGGAGCCAGAGAGGGCCUCCAACGAGAUCAAGAUCAAAGGCAGGAAGGCUAUCAAGCCUCUUACCAACACAAGUGAAGUAACCAAUGGCGUGGUGAAGAAGGCCAAGAAGAUGAAGAAACAGGGAGGUCACUCCCUGGCGACUCUGGCCAAGCGAAGUCGCUCCAGUGAACUCUUGGCCCAGGAUAUGAAGCCACCACCACCUCUGGAUACCCAGUCCUUAAGGAGCAGCAGGAGUGACAGAUCUCUUCCCUCCUCCAGUACCUCCGAGAUGGAAUCCAUCAGUGCCGUCCGCACCACUGAAACUACCUCAACUAGCCUCUCCAGACAGUCCAGCUUGUGUAGCUCCAGUAAGACGUUCACGGGUCGCCACUGGCCCAUCGCCCAGCCCCCCCUGAAGAGGCGACGGGGCCGGCCACGUCGGGCCCCCCUCCAGCCCCCCAACCCUGAGAUCCCCCCUCCUCACCAGCCAGACCCCCACCACCUCCCAGAGCCCCCCAUCCCCCUGCCGGGGCUCCACUCCACGGACAUAGUGCACGGGCUGGGCCACGGCGGUCAGCUGUCCCACCUGAAGAGCUCAAUCAGUAGCUACUUUGGGGUGGCAGGCCGCCUGGAGUGCGGGGAGAAGUACCGCAUCCUAGCUCGCCGGGUCAACCUGGACGGCAAGGUUCAAUACCUGGUGGAGUGGGAGGGCGUCACUGCCUCCUAAACUUGUCGUAGCGCUUACGUAGUUUAUUACACAUACGUAGCGCUUAACAUGUUUACACAGCGUUUAAAAAGCAUUAUAAACUGGGUGGUUCUGAAUGCUGAUUGGCUGAAAGCUGUGGUAUAUCAGACCGUAUACCACAGGUAUGACACAUUUAUUUUUACUGCUCUAACUACAUUGGUGACCAGUUUAUAAUAGCAAUAAGGCACCUCGGGGGUUUGUGGUAUAUGAACAGCCUAAGAACAGCCCUAAGCCGUGGUAUAUUGGCCAUACACCACGCCCCCUCUGCUUAAUUGCACUCUUCUUCUGAGAUCGGGCUUCCCCGUGUUGCCCAGUCUGGAGCGGCGCUUGCGUUUCCAGUGAUAUGGUCUUUCUGUGACUUGUCUUUUGUGUUUCAGAUCUGUUUCGGUUUUGUAAACUGAAGAGGUUAAGAGAUCAGCUUUGGCAGAAUGUAAAAUGAAUGGGGUUUAGAGUGGCUAGGUAGGGGGUGUGAAUGGGGUUUAGAGUGGCUAGGUAGGUGGUGUGAAUGGGGUUUAGAGUGGCUAUGUAGGGGGUGUGAAUGGGGUUUAGAGUGGCUAGGUAGGGGGUGUGAAUGGGGUUUAGAGUGGCUAGGUAGGGGGUGUGAAUGGGGUUUAGAGUGGCUAGGUAGGGGGUGUGAAUGGGGUUUAGAGUGGCUAGGUAGGGGGUGUGAAUGGGGUUUAGAGUGGCUAGGUAGGGUGUGUGA